AAAGAGGAGGAGGAAGAGGAAGAGAAAGAGGAGGAGGAAGAGGAGGAAGAGAAAGAGGAGGAGGAGGAAGAGAAAGAGGAGGAGGAAGAGGAAGAGAAAGAGGAGGAGGAAGAGGAGGAAGAGAAAGAGGAGGAGGAGGAAGAGGAAGAGAAAGAGGAGGAGGAAGAGGAAGAGAAAGAGGAGGAGGAGGAAGAGGAAGAGAAAGAGGAGGAGGAGGAAGAGGAAGAGAAAGAGGAGGAGGAAGAGGAGGAAGAGAAAGAGGAGGAGGAGGAAGAGGAAGAGAAAGAGGAGGAGGAAGAGAAAGAGGAGGAGGAAGAAGAGGAAGAGAAAGAGGAGGAGGAAGUAGAGGAAGAGAAAGAGGAGGAGGAAGAAGAGGAAGAGAAAGAGGAGGAGGAAGAAGAGGAAGAGAAAGAGGAGGAGGAGGAGGAAGAGGAAGAGAAAGAGGAGGAGGAAGAGAAAGAGGAGGAGGAAGAGGAAGAGGAGGAAGAGGAAGAGAAAGAGGAGGAGGAAGAGAAAGAGGAGGAGGAAGAGGAGGAGGAGGAAGAGGAAGAGGAGGAGGAAGAGGAGGAAGAGAAAGAGGAGGAGCAGGAGGAAGGGGAGAAACAUGAGAAGGAGGAGAGGAGGAAGAGGAGUCAAUAG